CCUAGAUAAUCCUUGACCAUGCCUUCGACAAAUUAUAUGCGACCCCUCCUUUCAUGUCCGAUGGCAUUUAUAUCGCCAAGAAAUCACUAAUCUGCUAAUCUGCAAGCCACUUCUUCUAUUCUUGCUAUCAUCCAUCUCAGGCAUCAAAGCCGCAAAGUUAUUCCCUCUUCUCAUCAUCAAGACUCAUCAUGUUUGCGCUUAUCGCGGUGGCCUUCGGGCUCUUAUCCACCAUUGCUUCUGCCACACCACUCUCCAUCAACACCACAACUGAAAGCUAUACCUUUCAUGUCCUUACGGGCACGAAUAAAGAUAGCAACUUCCAGUUAAGGCUACGGGACAACCAAUACGAUCCUGCUUUUGGAUAUCCUGUCGGAACUUUCCACUACGUUGGCGUAGAUGCCAAUGAUACGGUCUUGGUUGCCAGCCUGAAGGACGGACUCUUGUACAGCCAAGGCCAGAAUGCCGACGGCAGCUUCUAUGAUCUCGGGCCCACUGGCUACAUCAACCUCAAAGAAACCGUCGGCACAUCGUCAUCCUAUUUAUUCAGCUUUGUCAAUGCCACCAUUUACCCGCCCGCACUCGAUGCGGGGUGGCUGCUGAGCCCCGUUGAUGGUGAUGGCGGCGAUACUUAUGAGCUGCUUUACACGGAGCCGGAGGGGGUUGUCAAUGGCUGGCGGUGGUGCAUAGCGGAUUUCGAUCUCGAUUACGGCGCGUGGUCUUAUGUGGAGUAUUUUACAUACACUGGAACUCCUGACUAUGACUCUGACUGUGUGCCGGCUCAGAUUCUGGCAACUGUUGCGAAAUGAGACGGCGUCUUCUAGUAGAAGAGGGAGUGGAGGAAAGCUUUGGCACUUUUAUAGGAUGCCCACAUUCUCUAGUUUGAAGCAUAUUGCAAGAUUCUAUGUGCUGAAAUGUUAGUUAUCUUUCUUCUAAUGCAUAUACGAAUACAAACGAGGGUGGAGCUAUGCGU